CAAAAAAGAAAUUUUAAAUGUCAAAAUAAAAAAUGUUUUAUGUUAUAGCAGUGUAGAUUAUAUUAAUUAUUAAUAUUAAUCAGUCAACAAGGAUCGUUAUCUUUAAUUAACAUUGUUGUUUUAUAAAAACGAAAAAAAGUAUAAAUGUGUCAAUAAGAAGUGAAUAAUUUAUCUUUUUAUUUUUUGUUUUGUUGACCUUUGCUCAGAUAAAUUUAACAUUUUGCUCAGUCAUUUAUAAAUUCUUUUUCAGUUGAUAAUUAAGUCUUGUUUCUGAAAACAUUAAAUCUUAGUUAGAGAACUUUUGAUUAUGUCCAACAAAGUGAGAUUUGAUGGUCGUGUGGUUAUUGUAACCGGUGCUGGAGCAGGACUUGGACGAGCUUAUGCAUUAUUAUUUGCAUCAAGAGGUGCUAGCGUUGUUGUUAAUGAUUUAGGUGGAGGUCGACAUGGCGAUGGAAGUAGUACAAAAGCUGCUGAUGUUGUCGUUGAUGAAAUACGAAGAAAUGGAGGCAAAGCUGUUGCCAAUUACGAUUCUGUGGUGGACGGUGAAAAAGUCGUGAAAUCUGCAAUUGACGCAUUUGGACGCGUUGACAUUGUCAUUAACAAUGCUGGUAUCUUACGAGAUAAAUCAUUCAUGCGAAUGUCAGAUACUGAUUGGGAUCUCGUGCAUAGUGUUCAUUUAAAAGCUGCUGCAAAAAUAACUCAAGCUGCUUGGCCCUAUUUUCGAAAGCAAAGUUAUGGUCGUGUAAUAAUGACAUCAAGUCACAGUGGAAUUUAUGGAAAUUUUGGACAAGCUAAUUAUAGUUCAGCAAAAAUGGGUUUAAUUGGUUUAGCAAAUACUUUAGCACUUGAGGGAGAAAAAUACAAUAUUCAUACAAAUGUCAUUGUACCAACAGCCGCUUCACGUCUCACCGAAGACAUUCUUCCUCCUGAUUUAUUUACGGCUUUGAAACCAGAGUUGAUUGCACCGGUAGUGGCAUGGUUAUGUCACGAGGAUUGUUCAGAUAAUGGAUCUAUCAUUGAUGCAGCGGCCGGUUGGUCAGGAAAAACUCAAGUAAUUCGUUCGUCGGGUUGUAUUUUGCGCAAGAAUUUAAAUGAAAUGGUUACACCUGAGAAUGCCCGAGAUAAUUGGGAAACUGUCACCGACAUGUCUCAAGCGAAACAUUUGAAUUCAAUUGGAGAAGCCACAGGCGAACUUAUAAACGCUCUCGACGAAAUGAGGGAAGGAAAAAGUGGUGGUCCAAUUCAUAGAUGUCAUUACGAUAAACGGGAUAUUAUUCUUUAUGCUCUUGGAGUUGGUGCAACUACACAAGAAUCUUCGGAUAUGUGUUACCUCUAUGAAAAUCAUGAAAAUUUCUCUGUUUUACCAACAUUUUUCGUUGUUUUUGGAACAUCUGGUUCAACAAUUCCAAUAUUUGAAAAUGCUCUACCUGAAGGAGUGCAACUUGAUCCAUCCAGGAUUCUUCAUGGAGAACAAUACUUGGAGGUUUUUAAACGUAUUCCAACAGAAGGCAAAAUUGAGUCACGUUUUCGUUUGCAAGAUGUUCUCGAUAAGGGAAAAGGAGCUGUGGUUUUAAUUGAACAGGAAACUUAUGACAUGGAAAGUGGAGAGAAAUUAGCGAAACUUCAAAUGUCUGUAUUUAUUGUCGGAGCUGGUGGUUUUAAUGGACCACGAAAUUCAUCUCAUAUUAUUCCAACUCUUGAACAUCCAAAACGUAAGCCCGACAUGUCAGUUCAACAAAAAACCAAUGUUGAUCAGGCUGCACUGUACAGAUUAUGUGGCGAUUAUAAUCCACUUCAUAUUGAUCCUAUGAUCGCUAGUUUGGGCGGUUAUUCGCAACCUAUUUUGCAUGGAUUGUGCUCACUUGGAUUCUCGACACGCCACGUGCUUCAUACUUAUGCUGGCGGUGAUUCAGAUUUAUUCAAAGCUAUCAAGGUAAGAUUUUCAAAGCCUGUUUUACCAGGACAAACAUUACGUACUGAUAUGUGGCAAGAAGGAAACAGAAUUCAUUUUGAAACAACAGUAGUUGAAACUGAAACUCCGGUCAUUACAGGUGCUUAUAUUGACUUGAAACAAGUUCAACAGCCAACAGUCAUGAAGAAUUUGUGCUCGGGAAAAAUAAAUCUCGAAAGCGAUGGAGUUUUCGAACAAAUUAAUGAUUACGUCAAGUCACACACUGAAGAAGUUAAAAAAAUAAACGGAAUAUUUUACUAUGUGGUGACAUCGAAAGGCGAGCCAACAGCCCACUGGACUAUUGAUUUGAAAAAAGGAGAAGUAUAUAGAGGUGAACCCAAAACAAAAGCGGAUACUACUCUCACUAUAGAUGAUAAAGAUAUGAUUCAAAUGGCUCUUGGAAAAUUAAAUCCUCAAGUUGCAUUCAUGCAGGGAAAGCUCAAAAUCAAAGGCAAUAUUAUGCUGACUCAGAAAUUGAAAACUUUACUCGAUGCCAAUCGACCAAAAUUGUAAAUUUAUUUAAGUUCUGCCUCUUUUGAAUAUAUAUAUAUAUAUAUAUAUAUAUAUAUAUAUAUAUAUAUUUGUACUAUAUAUGUAAGUAUCUACAAAAUAAUAUGCCGAUAACAUUUUAUAUUCUUCGAUUUAAAUUUGAAAUUUAUAAAAAAAAAAACAUCAGCUAAAGGAUGAGUGCAAAAGGGUCGUAUUUUUCAACAGAAUUUUUUUUUUCUUCGUAUUUAUUAUUUUUUGUUUAAUUUAACAAAAUUGGGUAGACAAUUUACAGGAUUAUGUCUUUGAAUUCAAAUUUUUCACUACUGACGGAAAAUAUUUGUUUCUCGUAAAAAUUUUGUAGCGGGCAAUUGAAAUUUAAAUAUUUUUUAUUGCCUUUCUUUUUCUAUAAUUAAGUGUUUGUGAAAAAUAUCAAAUUAUUAUGCCCUUGACUUUAGAUAUUAAUUUUAACCAAGGGCUAACUUGUUACUAGAUAAUAUUUCUCCCUUCUAUUGUGAAUAGAAUGUUUAUGAAAAAUAUUAUGAUUAUAGAACUACGGAAUAAUGAAAAUUUGCCUAUUGACACUUGUCCUUUAGUUUUAUAAUAAAAGAAAAAUAAGAAAUUAUAGAAAUCAAUUUAUGAAUGAAUAAUCAAGAAUAUAAGUUAUCAAAUGUUCGAAUUAUAUUAAUUGUUUAUUAGGGUUUUAAAGCAUUUAUAACGGGAAAUUUUUAUACACAAUGAAAUAAAAGAAGAUUUAUAAUAUA